GACGACAAAGCUCACCCCCUCCCCUUUCUUUUUUUUUUUCUCUCUCUCUCUCUCUCUCUCUCAGGAACUACGAGAAGACAAAGCUCCCCGUUUGAUUUACUCUUCAAAAGUCUUUGCUUUCGAGACAAAAUCUAAGUCGGCUUAAAUUUCUAAUACCGCAAUACCCAUAAACCAGACCCUUUUCCAGUCUUGCUAGAACAGGGCCUGUUCUGGGAUGAUGAGGAGCCAGAACGCAGAUGCAGUGAAAGCCUCCUCAAGCAACGGAAUUGGAUCAAGAAUGGCUGUUGAUUGGACUCAACUUCCCGAAGAACUCGUUCAAUCAAUCUCGAAGAAAAUCACCGUUUACAUCGAUUAUGUUCGAUUCCGAGCUGUGUGUCUCAUGUGGCGCCGGUCGAUUCCAAAGGUUCCGCGCCACCUCCCCCCACAACUCCCAUGGCUCAUGCUUCCUCUCUCCAAAUCCCAACCACGAUACCAGCGCUCCUUUUAUGACCUCUCUACGGGCAACACCUACCAUAUCGAACUCCCAGAAGCUUCUCGCCCCGAAAUUCGCAUUUGCUCCUCCUCCAAUGGUUGGCUCGUCAUUCUCGACGACUCCCCAGCCAUCGUUCUCCUUAACCCUCUCACUCAUGCCAAAUUCCACCUCCCUUCGCUCAUCUCCUUCCCCAACGUGGUGAGCUUUGACUACUCCAGAGUCGGCCGGGAGUAUGAGUUCUUUAACAGGGACGGCGAAUUAUACUAUGAUAGUUUGAGGGCAAUGCGUGACAUGUUUGUCAGAAAAAUUGUUAUUUCCUCAGACCCACUGAAUGGCAACUUUGUUGCGAUGGCGAUUCUCAGAUAUAACGAUGAGUUGGCAUACUAUAAAAACGGUGAUCUAUCUUGGACUUUCUUUCCUGACGUGGGUUACAUUGAAGACAUUGUUUAUUACAAGGAGAAAUUCUACGCUUUGAAAGAAGGAGGAGAAAUUGCAGUUUGUAAUGUAAAUUGCGAGUUACCGAGUGUUUCAGUAAAUUUCAGACCACCAAGACCACCUAUUUACUGCCUGGUGAAUCGUUUAGUGAAUUCAGGGGACGAUGAGUUGUUAAUGGUUGCACGCCAUUGCAAUAAUGAAGUGGAAAUGGGGCAUGGAUUUGGAACGUUACGGUUUGAUGUUUUCAGAAUGAAUUGGAGCGGGCCCAGUUGGGAUAGAGUGGAGAAUUUGGGUGACCGAUUGUUAUUUAUUGGUGGAAAUUCAUCUGUAUCGUUGUCUGGUUCUGAUUUUCAAGGAUGUUUACGGAAUCCCUGCUAUUUGUCUCCUUGUGAUGAUUAUGGACAAUGUUUAAAGAAUUGUAUCUAUUUCACAGACGAUAUUUAUUGUUUCAACUGUAAUCCCGACGCUUUCGCUUAUGGUGUUUUUGGUAAAAAAGGUGAUAGAGGAAUCUUCAAAUUAUGGGAUGAAACCUUUGUCUCGUUACCAUAUCGUGAGCUGGAGCGAGGUUCAUGGGAACUUUGGUUUACACCGAGUCCAGGAGGAGGAAGAGAAUCGGAGGAUGAUGUUGGCUAUGAAGUUGACUAUGGAAGUUGAAUCCUGUCGCUGAGAGAGAUUUUUUGAGUUUAAAGAUGCUUUGAUGUAAGAUUUUGAUACGAAUUAUGUGCAAGUUUGUUUCUACAAGGCCCUCGAUUUCCUAGAACUCCUAAUCAAUGGAUGUUGAAUGUAUGAAAUCUAAGUGAAAACAAUUCUUGAUUUUCGUAA